UACCACAAUUUUAAUCGAGAUGAAGAAAACGGGCAAUAUAGUGCAUGAUCUUUUAAAUUGUGCAGUCAGAAAAGAGACAAAAGCAGAGCUCAAGAAAUUUUCGCUUCAGUUGCUACAUCGCAAAAUACAAUUUACAGCUAACGGAUAUUUUACGCUCGAUAAUACUUUUCUUCAUUCGCUAAUUGGCACAGUGGUGACAUAUUUGGUAAUACUUGUGCAAUUUCAAAUGGGAAGUUCGCGUUCAUCGAUCAGACAACAAUGUAACUAUACAGGGAGAGAUUUAGAAUAAGAAGCGGAAUAAUAAAUUGAAGAUGAGGAAAAACAUAAUGAGAAGUAGCCUCUUAAAUUGGAAUCUAAAAUCCAAUUAAAUGCAAUUAAUGUGCAUGCAGGAUUGUAGUUCUGAAACUUCUUAUUGUAACUUCCUAAUACAAUCAAUUCUGAUUUGUAGAACUAAAA